CAUCGAUCAGCUCGCACUUGUUCAAACUUUGAUCUUCAACUUUCUCAUCCAUCAAUAUUCAUCAUGGGUGGUGGAGGUGCAGCACCAGAAGGCCUUGGUGCCGCACUUGAGAGGCGUCAGGCUUUGAUGGGCAAGAGUGGUCCAUCAGCUCUCGUCAAGAACUUCAAGGUCUUCCGUAUCGCGCUCUUCGCCUGCUUGGGAGGUGUCCUCUAUGGAUACAACCAAGGCAUGUUCUCUGGUAUUCUGGCCAUGCCCGCCUUUGGAAAGCAAACCGAUGGAUACAUCGACAACCCGACACAGAAGGGCUGGCUGACGGCCAUUCUCGAGCUUGGUGCCUGGUUCGGUGCAGUCAUGUCCGGGUUUGUCGCUGAGACUCUCUCUCGCAAGUACGGUAUCCUGGCCGCCACCGGUGUCUUCAUCCUCGGUGUUGUCAUCCAGAUCACAGCAAUUGCUGGCGGGCAUAACGAGAUUCUUGCUGGUCGUUUCAUUACAGGUAUUGGCGUCGGUGCCCUAUCGUGUAUCGUACCUAUGUACAAUUCGGAAUGUGCUCCUCCUGAAGUUCGUGGCGCUCUUGUAGCCGGCCAGCAGUUGGCCAUCACCUUUGGUAUCAUGGUUAGCUUCUGGAUCAAUUACGGGACGAACUACAUUGGCGGAACCGGCGAGACCCAGUCCAACGCAGCCUGGCUCGUGCCCAUCUGCGUUCAGCUCGCUCCUGCUGCAGUACUGUUCUUCGGCAUGCUCUGGAUGCCAUUCUCCCCAAGAUGGCUGGUUCACCACGGCCGUGAAGACGAAGCCAGCCGCACGCUUGCAUCUCUCCGUGAGCUCCCCGAGGAUCACGAGCUGAUCUACCUCGAGUUCCUUGAGAUUAAGGCCCAGUCAAUGUUCGAAAAACGCAGCAUUGCUGAGAAGUUUCCGCAUCUGUCGCAGUUGACUGCUUGGAAUACUUUCAAGCUUCAGUUCGUCGCCAUUGGCGCGCUUUUCAAGACAAAGGCCAUGUUCAAACGCGUCAUCGUGGCCAGUGUCACCAUGUUUUUCCAGCAGUGGAGCGGAAUCAACGCAGUCCUGUACUACGCUCCUUCCAUCUUCGGACAGCUCGGUCUAACCGGUAACACCACCUCUCUGCUCGCAACAGGUGUCGUAGGCAUCGUCAUGUUCCUCGCCACCAUCCCUGCCGUGCUCUACAUCGAUCGCGCUGGUCGCAGACCUGUGCUUGCCAUCGGGGCCAUCGGUAUGGGCGUAUCGCACAUCAUUAUCGCCAUCAUCCUCGCCAAGAACAUCAACAACUUCCACAACGCCAAGGGCGCUGGCUGGGCCGCCGUCGUUAUGGUCUGGCUCUUCGUCAUUCACUUCGGCUACUCCUGGGGACCUUGUGCGUGGAUCUUGAUCGCCGAGAUAUGGCCUAUCAGCACUCGUCCCUACGGUACUGCGCUCGGUGGCUCGAGCAAUUGGAUGAACAACUUCAUCAUUGGACAGAUCACACCUGAUCUUCUUGAGAAGAUAACGUAUGGGACGUACAUCUUGUUUGGUCUGUUGACAUUCAUGGGAGCGGCUUUCAUCUGGUUCUUCGUACCAGAGACGAAGCGCUUGAGCCUGGAGGAGAUGGACAUCAUCUUUGGAAGCGAGGGUGCCGUCCAGAAGGACCAGGAGAGGAUGGCGGAGAUCAACAACGAGAUUGGACUCACAGCGAUCAUGUACGGUGGUAGCGCGGCAUCGCCAGAUUACCCCAGGGACGAGAAGAUGGUUGCUGGUGACGAAGAGCCAGUCGUCUGAAGGCUCAUUGUUGUGCGUUGGCGAACUUGUCAGAGUGUGACGUGAGGUAAUGGCUUUUUUCGCGAUAGUAAAAAAAUCAUCACCUUCGAAUAAGUCUACUAAAUAG